AUGGGAACGGGAGGGGAGGGUGGAGGGGCGCAGAGUGAGGAGGAUGGAGAGCGGAACAACUUUCUCGCAGCACAGAACCUGGGUGGGAGCAGUAAAGCCCUGAGCAAGAACAACACGGAUACUGAUGGAGGUGGGGAUUUCAGCAGUAGCAGGAAAGGGAUCGUAAAUGAUGCCUCUGCUGCUCUUGCUGCUGCUUCUGACAAUGCGAUAAAAGCCACUGGAGAUGAAGGGGAGAAUAAUACAACCAGCAAUGGCCGGGCAGGUGAAACUUUCGCUCGGGGUGUCCGGCCAAUCAUACACGAGGGCCGGCCGUUGAUUCCGGAGCUGAAGCGACCCAUCUGGGAGAAACCGCCGCCCGGCGGGAAGGUUCCUGGAAAGGAGGAGUUUGCACUGCGGAGGGAGAUGGUGGAAUUCAGAGCGGAAAAGAAUGUGGUGGUGGUAACUUUCGCCAACCAUGCUUUUCUGGAAUUUGUGCUCAACUGGGUGAAGCACCUCACAGAGCUGGGGGUUACCAACAUCCUCAUAGGUGCCAUGGACAAUGAAAUUCUCACAGCACUCUACUUUGAAGGCGUGCCAGUGUUCGACCUGGAGAGUGGCAUGAGCCCGGAGGACAGCGGGUGGGGCACGCCAGUGUUCCAUGCCAUGGGGCGGGAGAAGGUGACUCUGGUGAACGUGUUCCUCUCCAUGGGCUUUGAACUGCUCAUAUGCGACACCGACACUGUUUGGCUUAAGAACCCUCUACCCUUCAUCGCUCGCUACCCAACAGCUGACGUCCUCACAUCCAGCGACCACCUGGUCCGCUCAGUUGAUGAUGAGUCCCUGGAGAAGUGGCAGCAAGCACAGAGCGCGUACAACAUCGGAAUUCUGCACUUCCGCCCCACCGACCCGGCCAAGCGACUAGCUCGAGCAUGGGCAGAGCUGCUCGCCAGUGACGCCAAGAUAUGGGACCAGAACGGUUUCAACGAGCUCAUGAGGAAACAGAUGGGGCCAGAUGUUGACCCUGCUGCUGCCGACCACCUGUUCUGGGCGUUCGACGGCAGCCUGAAGCUGGGAAUUCUACCCGUCUCCGUCUUUUGUUCAGGCCACACCUUCUUUGUUCAGCAUCUGCACAAGGUGGUGGGACUUGAACCAUAUGCUCUGCACGCCACUUUCCAGUUUGCUGGCACUCCAGGCAAGCGCCACCGCUUUCGAGAGGCCAUGGCCUUCUAUGACCCUCCAGAGUACUACGACCCGCCAGGUGGCAUCGUCUCAUUUGUCAACGACAUGCCUGAGGAGCUCCUGACGGGCGGCAAUCACAGCCUCUCAACGCACUUCCAUCUGGUCAAUUAUCAGCUGAAGAGCAUUCGAGCCGCUCUGGCCAUUGCUCUCAUCCUCAACCGAACCUUAGUCAUGCCAAGCACAUGGGCUCGGUUCGAUCGCAUCUGGUACCCCCAUAAAGGCAUCCUCGAUAACACUGCAACGCCACAGCCAUUCCUCUGCCCCCUCGACCAUAUCCUCAAUGUGGACAGGAUGCUUCCGGGGAAGCUUCCAGAAGAGGAGUUUGGCCGAGCGAUACCCUUUCGGGAGUACUCUUUCCUCGACAACCCUCGUGUCCCUAAAGAGCUCCGAGCCUCCAAGCUCUCUGUGCGCAUUUGCAACGACAGCUCCCCUGAUUGCCCCACAGAAACGGACGGUCAGGAUCUUCCCAGAGCUCACACACUCGAUCUGGUGCUGAGGAGAGGCGUGCGAGAGAAGCAGUUGAGGGAGGCAUUAUCGCGGUUUUCAGAUGUGAAAUGGAUCGAGUUCAGCUCUCCGCACGAUGUGUUUGGUGGAUGGGAUGAUAAGGAGUGCACGAAGGAUCUACUUAGUCACGGUAGAUCGGCACCCCUCAGCAUGAAGGUCAACGUGUUUUCCCGAUCUGGGAAAGAGAUCGUCAAAGGCGGCCUCCAGCUUCCCGAUGAGGCCUCCGUAGCAGAUCUCCAAAAAGCCCUUCACAAAACGAAUAAAAAAUGGUACCCUGCAAGGCAGAGAUUCACUCUCCCAGCGCCGGCAUCAGGAGCCAAGCCCGUCGUUCUGGACGCCAAAAAGAGGCUCGCGGAGUACUCUACAGGAACCACAUUGGACGUCGUCUUUAAGGAUCUCGGCCCUCAGAUCGGCUUUAAGACGGUCUUCUUCUGGGAAUACUUCGGCCCUCUGGUCCUCUACUCGCUCUUUUACUUCUUUCCGCAAGUGUUCUAUGUGGACGGUGCCAACAGGAAACUUAAAGAUGUCCAGACCUACGCACUUAUCUACUGGACGUUCCACUACACGAAGCGCAUUCUCGAGACCUUUUUCGUCCACCGGUUCAGCCACGGCACGAUGCCGCUUCAGAACCUGUUCCGUAACUGCGGUUACUACUGGUCUUUCGCAGCGUUCGUGUCGUUCUUCGUGAACCACCCGAUGUACACGCCUGUCAGCGAGACCCAGAUCGCGAUCGGAUUCGGCAUCGCUAUAGUCAACCAGCUCUCCAACCUCUACUGUCACAUCAUUUUGAGGAACUUGAGGUCCGGCUCGAGCUCGGGGUACCAGAUCCCGUCGGGUUUCCUCUUCAACUUCAUCACGUGCGCCAACUACACGACGGAGAUCACGGCGUGGCUGGGCUUCAAUGUCGCCACGCAGUCCGUCGCCGGCUACCUCUUCAUGCUCGCCGGCGCCAUGCAGAUGGCCGAGUGGGCGCUCGCCAAGCACAAGCGCCUCGUCAAGCUCUUCGACGGCAAGGAAGGUCGUCCCAAGUACCCUCGGCGGUGGAUCAUGCUCCCUCCUUUCUUCUAA